AUGGGUCUUCUUUGUUUCGUUGAGGCCUGGAUAAGAGUAUCUACCGUCCACGUUUUGAAAUGGUUGACCAUGCAUUUGGUAGUUGCUUUUGUCAUGGGCUCUGCGCACGAACAGAUACGUUAUUCUGUUCCUGAGGAGAUGAUAAAAGGAUCAAUGGUGGGCAAUAUCGUCCAGGAUCUCGGUUUGGAUAUUAAGAGAUUCAAAUCUGGCCGUGCGCGGAUCUUUACGGAGGACAGUCGUGAGUACAUUGGUCUGAAUGUGGAUAAAGGCACUCUGGUUGUAAAUGAGAAUAUAGAUAGAGAGGAGCUGUGUGCUCAGGUCUCUCCUUGUUCGUUACAUUUUCAGAUUAUUUUAGAAAACCCAAUGGAGUUGCAUCAAAUUGAUGUAGAAAUACUGGAUAUUAAUGAUCAUGCUCCUGUUUUUCACAGAAAAGAAUUAAGUAUUGACGUAAGGGAAUCUGCUGCACCAGGUUCACGGUUUUCUUUAGACAGUGCUCAAGAUCCUGAUGUUGGACAUAAUACACUCCAAAGAUACACCCUUAAUCCAACUGAAUAUUUCACCUUGAGGGAACUUUCUCGCAGCGACGGCACCAAAUAUGUUGCAAUGAUAUUAAAAUCGCCUUUAGAUCGAGAGCAUCAAGAAGAGCAUAACUUAAUUUUGACUGCAAUUGACGGUGGGACUCCUCAAAAAUCCGGAACAGCUAGGAUAACUGUAACUGUUAUUGACGCAAAUGACAAUUCUCCUGUUUUUAGUCAGCCAAUGUACAGAGUGUCCCUACCAGAAAAUGCUCAAAAGAAUCAAUUAGUAGUGGCAGUAAUUGCUACUGACCAGGACAAAGGAUCUAAUGGUGAAUUUACCUAUUCGUUUUCACAAAGUACGGGAUUAGAUGCCCUAGACCUGUUUAAUAUUAAUUCGGACACUGGGGAAAUACAUGUAGUGGGGGCUCUAGAUUUUGAAAAAUCCAAACAGUAUGAAUUGGAUCUCGAGGCAAUGGAUACGGGCGGUUUAACAGAUAACAGUAAAGUGCUAAUUGAAAUUACAGAUGUUAAUGACAAUUCUCCAGUUAUCAAUGUCAUCUCAUUUUUUAAUCCGAUCCCAGAAAAUUCCGGCCCGGAGACUGUUAUAGCAAUACUAAAUAUUAAAGACAUCGACUCCGGCAAAAAUGGACAGAUACGUUGUAGAGUUAAUUCAAAUCUUCCGUUUCGCAUCAAAUCAUCCUCGUCUAAUUUCUAUACAUUAGUCAAUGACCGUAUUUUAGAUCGUGAAAUGUCUUCUGAAUACAACAUUACAAUCACAGCUAGUGAUGAAGGCUCGCCAUCUUUAUCUACUAAUAAAACUUUUACUCUUAAAAUAUCGGAUGUCAACGACAACGCGCCUGUUUUCCAGCGUCACUCAUACACCGCUUAUGUGGCGGAAAACAAUUUACCGGGAGUGUCUAUAUUCGCUGUGACUGCAACUGACAAAGACACUGGUAACAAUGCACGAAUUUCAUAUUUUCUAGAGGAACAGUCAGUUAACGGUGUUGCUGCUUCAUCUUAUAUUUCUUUUAAUGCAGAGAGCGGAGAGAUUCUUGCUGUUCGGUCUUUUGAUUACGAGAAAACAAAGGAGUUCACUAUUUGCGUAAAAGCGCAGGAUGGAGGCAACCCGCCUCUCAGUAGCAACGUGAGUGUGAAAGUAAUUAUUCAGGACCAGAACGACAAUGCGCCUCAAAUUCUGUAUCCAGUACAAACUGGUGGCUCUGUUGUGGCUGAACUGGUACACCGUUCUGCUGAUUUGGGCUAUUUGGUUACUAAAGUAGUGGCUGUAGAUGUGGACUCUGGACAAAACGCCUGGCUCUCAUACAAACUUCAAAAAGCGACAGACAGGGCGCUGUUUGACGUUGGAUUACACAAUGGAGAAAUAAGAACUGUACGCCAAGUCACGGAUAAAGAUGCUGUGAAACAGAAACUGACUGUUGUAGUGGAGGACAGCGGAGACCCCUCUCGUUCAGCUACAGUCAAUGUUAACGUAGUGCUGGCAGACAGUUUCCCUGAAGCGCUCUCGGAAUUUACUGACUUUACGCACGAAAGAGAAUACGACAACCUCACCUUUUAUUUGGUCUCGGCCUUGGCUGUUGUGUCAUUUCUCUUUAUCGUAUCCAUCAUACUUAUACUAUCAGUCAAAUGCUACAGGUGGAAACGUGAUCGUAUACUUUACAAAUCCAGCACCAAUCUUCCAGUUAUUCCAUAUUAUCCGCCGCUUUACGCAGACGUUGGUGGAACAGAAACUUUGCAGCAUAUGUAUAAUUAUGAGACUUGUCGAACAACAGACUCCAGAAACAGUGAUCUGAAACACACUAGAACCCCCACCGAGAGCGUGAUUAGUUUGGACAUCUGCGGAAAUCGGACAUUGAUGCAUGUACAAAGAGAGAAAGCAAGCGAAACCUUUAAUCAGGUGAGCACUAUAAAAUAA